UGUAGCCUUUUGGGCCUAUAUAUUUGUUGGCCCAAUUAUAACUCUCUCAAACAGACGCUUAAUUGCGCGCGAAAAUUAAAUGAUUUUCCCCAUUCUUUAGGGCUUCUGAGAUUUCAAGCAGGUUUCAUCAUCAAUGGAAGCUUCAAAUAAAAGAAGAAAGGAAACUGAAGAGUUAUGUUUCGGUGAUGAAGAAUCAGAGAUUUCAUCUUAUUCUUCGCCGGUAGUCAUAUUUGCUCACGGUGCCGGAGCUCCCUCUUCGUCCGACUGGAUGAUUCGAUGGAAGGAUAAGCUAAAGAAGAGCUUAUCAGCCGUUGAAGUUAUCACAUUUGAUUACCCUUAUAUUGCUGGAGGGAAGAGAGGGGUUCCUCCAAAAGCUGAAAAACUCGUUCAAUUUCAUUUAGAUCUUGUCAAAGAAACUGCUGCUAAGUUCCCUGGUCAUCCUUUGAUAUUGGCAGGUAAAUCAAUGGGUUCUAGAGUAAGCUGCAUGGUAGCCGCGGAUGAAGAUAUUCCAGUUUCAGCUGUAAUAUGCUUGGGAUAUCCACUUAAGGGCACGAAAGAUGCAAUUAGAGAUGAGACGUUGUUGGAAAUGGGAAUCCCUGUGAUGUUUGUGCAGGGUAGCAAAGAUCCUAAGUGUCCACUGGAUAAGCUCCAAGCUGUUUGCAACAAAAUGAAAGCUUUGACUGAGCUGCAUGUCAUCGAUGGUGGAGAUCACUCCUUCAAGACUGGGAAGAAGCACCUUGAAGCAAAGGGUUUGACACAAGAUCUAGUUGAAGAUGUCGCUCUGCAAGCAAUUGCAGCUUUUGUUUCCAAAUCUCUUGCUUUCUGAAAAGUCAUAAUAGUAACCGCUUUACAGAUUUGUAAACCAAGCAAUUUUUCCAACUCAAAAUCUUUUCUUACAAUAGAUGCA